AUGCGCGCAUGCUCGCUGUUUCUAUUUUUUGCUUUCACGGCUAGAGCAGGAAACUUGGAAAACAAGAAAAAGGACGCAGCCCAGAAGGCCAAGCCAAAGACAGUCCAGUAUAUAACUAUAGCCAAAGAGCCAGCUGCGAGCUUCUCAUAUGGGGCCCUCGUCGAAAAUGCUUGCAAGUUUGUGUGCAUACUCCCACACGAACCCCUUGAAGAGUACUCCGACGAGAGCUCCGCGUCACAGGAGCCUUUUAAUAGCAGCCUCCCCACACAUCUGGAGAAAUGCCUUAAAGAAAUUGAGACGCUAACAAAACUAGACAUUCUGGUGGAAAAGAAGAUUGAGCUGAUGAAACUGUGCAGCAUCCUCGAAAAGCUCAGGGAAAGCAUACCUACAAAAAAGAUUCGGUUCGCACUUCUGCGAGACGUGCUUGUGGGUCUUAACGAGUAUGCUGUGGUGCCAUUUCUCAAAAACCAUGCAACAAUGUGGGCUUCUGGCUCGCUGCGUGGAAUACAAAACGGGGUAGACAUGCUAAACGCAGAAAACUGCACAGAAAAAACACUAAUCGACUCCAUGGCGUCGGUGUGUGCAGGCUUUUUGAGCGAAACUAUCCGCGAAAGACCUAAUAGCAUAUAUACCAUCCAGAAUCCUCGCUUGCAAGACAGCAUCAUUCUGCUGCAGCACAUACUGACCCUGCACAGCCUUCUUCUGGAGAUGUUUUCUCAGCACAAAAAGAACCACGUUAAAGAACAAUUGGCCAUCUCCCAACAGGCAUCCAAGUCUUUGCAGAGCGCGGUGGACGCUAUGCGCGAAAAAGAGGCCACACAAAGCCACAGCACUGCCUAG